UGCGAUGAUUUUGCAGAAGUGACUCGAGCCUCUUGCUCUGGGUAGACCUUUCAAGUUAUUCAUUGCCCAUAUAUUUGUACAUGUAGACGGACCUCCAGCAAGGGUUGAAGAAUCGUUGACGAAAUUCAAAGCCAUGGGACAGCUCGUGGACCGGAAAGGAAGAGGUGUCGACGACCUGCCUCUGGAGCUCCUAUAUCAGGUCUUGCAGUAUGUCUCGUUUAGGCAAUCCCGCGUCGCCAUGGGCGUUUCCCGCUCGUUCAGGAACGCUGCAAUGGAAAGAAGGGAACUAACCCUGCAAUGCUCGAAAGCCGUGAUCCGUCUAGGUCUCGCUCAGAUACUGGCGUCUUACCCAGUUCUGGAGACUCUCAACCUCGAGCCUGUACGGAAUACACCCUUGGACGAAGCGGAAUCCUACCUCGAAAUAGUCGGGAGGCAGUUUGCCGGUCAUUCGACCCUCCGCACAAUCACCUGUUCCUGUGUGGCUAUUGUACCAGGCGCGGUUGAUAACUGCCCGCAGUUGACGACGCUGGUGGUUAGACCGGGACGGAUGGAGUCGGAUGCUGUGGAGGAGCCUCAAACAGGACAAGAGCCCUCCGAACAACCGCCGACGUUGGACGGACCAGCGAGCUCCCGGCCAUUGUCUGACAGAGUGGACAGGCUACGAAAGCAGAUGUGGACUGCACCUGGUCUGAAGCGGAAUGUAGCAUGGAUAUUGAGAAACUGUACAAAGCUCCAGCAUCUGGAGAUGGAGGAACCUCGCUUCUGGGCCCGGCCGUCGGUCUUGCAGGCAUCGGUCUUGGGAAGAGGACCGUCGGCCAUAUCGCUGCAGUACCUUCAGCUCACGGGAAUGUCGGCAUCGGCUUUGCUCAACUUUGCUAGCUUUCUCGCCUAUGCCCCGCCAAGCCCUAACACUGGCGUUGCCUCCCUCCCAGCGCUGCCCAACCUGCGCACGCUUCUGAUGGAGAUCGAUUAUGCGUUCCUGCCGACGACGAUGCUUCCAUCCUUGGCGAUCGGGUGCCCUAACCUGGAAGCUCUCACAUUGAAAACGUUGGAUGCCCCACCGGCGCUCGUAGCAGACAUUGCGACACAUCUCAACGGACUGCGCAACAUCCGAAGUCUUGUUCUAUACCGCUGCAGCGUCUGGUUCGACGCCGAUGGGUGGUUACCGCUCACUCGGGUUAUCUGCCGAGCACUUACAGGUCUCAAAACACUUCAGUUCAACGGGUGUUGUUUGCGGGAGCUGCCGAGAUCCACUCACUCGGAGGUUUCGAGAUUGGCGUUGGCGGAAAGAGAGGCUGGAAAUAUGCUGGGGUGGACGCACCUGCUGGAAAAUUUGAAGAUUACGCCGGUGGAAGGGACGCCGAGCUUGAGUUUGGCAGACAUGAAGGGGAUCGUGACAUCUUUCCCGCAAUUGCGAAGGCUGAAGGUGACUGGCCCCGCAGCCACCUUGACAGCGGAAGGGAUGCCGGCAUGGGCGGGCCUGGUAUCGCCGUCAGAAGACACAGGCUCAAGCGGGCUCGGCCAUCUCGAGGAACUGACCGUGCGCUGCCGCUCCGCAAGCGAGCUCACCGAAGAACCCACAGAUUCCCUCAUCCCCCUCCAUCUCCCCAACCUAACCCACCUCCACCUCUUCUCCACCCCCGUCUUCCCCAUUACCCUCCUCACCCACACCGCCUCAACGCUGACGGUCCUCAAACUCGAAGGCAUCCCCGCCAUCCUGCCCUCCUACGUCAACGUCGCCCUGCCCAACCUGCAGCGUCUGUCGAUCUGGAACAUCUCGACCCUCGGACAUCGCAUCUGUCUCGAGACCGCGGCGUCGUUGACGCACCAGGCGCCGAGGUUGGAGGCGUUGACGAUGGAGUCGUUGGUUAGCUCGCGGUCGCUGCUGGAUUUGCCGGAUACGUUCAUGGAGGAUCUUAUCUAUUUUUGUAAAGGUAUCAAGCAUCUGCGGCUGCAGGGGUUCAACGUCUCGACGAAGGCGUUCAACAUGAUGGCGUCCGCGGCGGUGUGGCCGGAGCUGUCGACGCUGCAUGUACGCGGGAGGGAAUGUCUUCCGGUUGUCGAUUGCGAAUGGGAACGUGUGAACCUUGCGGCUUUGAUUCGUUCUCACCGUCGUUUGUCCUCGCUUCACUUGGGUUUCAGCGGCAUCGGGUCGGAUCUUGUCGACGUGAUUCGUUGCGGUGUCUCGAACGAACGCAAACAUGCUGAAGAUGAAGUGAAGGCAGGGGGAGGAAUGUACCGGCAACGUCAGGAGGCUGAUGUGCUUUUGUAUGCGGCGUAUGCGAGGUAUCUUUCGUCGAGAUGGUGGUGGGUAGAAGACAUUAGUCUGAGUGGGCCGGUUGUUAUGAUUUAGACAAAGUGGAGAUCUAGGCGUAGAACAUCCAGUCACCGUAUUGAAAUCUGUUCUGUAAGCUGUACGUACUGUAAUUAGCUGUAUAUAUAUAUAUAGGUGGAGUACAAUAAUCGUCUACAUUGUGUAGGAAUCCCUGUAAACCUACAGUAUGCUUCCAUUGGCGCUGGAUAUGGUCGCAAAUGCACAGGCUCAAUAGACGAUGGUUCAUGACGCA